CAGGUGAUCUGCAAUUCCUAUUGAAGAACUUAUCUUUUUUAAUGGUGAAGAAUUCUUUGUAUGUCGUGCAAUUUGUCCCAUACAUAUCUCAUGGAAAUUGUGCUUAUCUUUAUGGACUUCAAGCUUGGUUCAUACAAGCCUACCUCGAUUAGAUUUAAGCGUGGAAAGUGACACUAUUCCUUGGUUGUUUCUUUUGUUUUCAGUGCUUCCCCAAUUGAGGAGUGCAACUUCAAUGGAGUUGGGCUGUGAUGCUCGGGGCUUUUCUCGUGCUGGUAAUGACACGAAGGUUUGGUACUGUGUUGUUCUAGCUGGAAGGCAAAGCCAAGAACUUAAUGAAAUGCGUGAAACCAUGCGCAGGGUGCAAGAAACACUGUCAAAUGGAGAUUUAGAUACAGUUGAUCAAGAUACUCUCUCAACUAUAGCAGAACUUGCUCUGAAAGAGAAACGGUUGACAUUUACUUGGCUCGAUGGAGAAAAGCAAAAGAGAUACUGCUUCUUUUAUAUCAACUCGGAAAGUAGUUAUGAUACAUGUGGACCUAGAUAUGACAUUACCAAUGUUGCAAAGAUGUUUAUUGUUCGUUAUUCAAGGAAUGCUACCAAUGAAAAUAAUGAUGAUCCACCUAAAAACCGUUAUGAAGCAUUGCUUGCUGAUGAUGUUGAUUCUGCUUCCCAACUUGUCGCACAUUAUAGCGGUCCAAAUAAACUUCCAGAGAUCAUACAAUGGAUAUCUGAGAUUAUUAAAAAUGGAGACUAUAACGAUCUACCAUCUUUUAAAACCAAAACCCCCGAGCUGGUUCCGGAGGAUGCAAAUUCCAUUUGGUCUACUGGUUCUGAAAAAAUCUUUGCACCUACCAAUGGAAUUAAGCCAAAGGUCAAAGGUUUUGUGAACCAAAUUCAUGAUUACCUAGGGGACCCAAGGAUUGGACCCAUCUUACUUCUGGGAGCAUUGGUGUCGUUCGGUCACAUUUGGCUUCGUAGAAGUCAGUCAAGUAAUGCAAAUCAGACAAAUGGUUCACCAAAAGAUACAAGGAAGCCAAAACCAAAGGAGAGGGAGAGGCCAAACUUAAUGAAGCAGCUGCCGAGAAACCAACUGAUACCGCCUUCAAUAACUGAUGUCCUGCCAAAAGAUGCUUAUGAAAUGGAAUUCUCAGAGUCUGAUACUGAGUGAGUGUGCUUUAGACCCACAACAACAACAAAGGGAGUUUAUAGAAGUUCAAGGUUUGUGCUUCGAAAGCUUAACAUUUUGAUAGGAACCCCCCUGCCCUUAGAGUUUGCCAUACACAAUCCUGAUUCUACAAUUUAUUUACGUUGUUUUCUGGUAUUAAAUUUAUGCAGAGCAUUAAAUAUUUUAUAAUUUUUAUUCAGAAAUAUUUGCCCUCUGUCUAAAAAUGAAAUGUACGGGUUACUUUACCAUGUUUGAUUCAAGUUAUUUUCAGUUCAAUUUAUUUGAAAUUAUAGCAAAAGUUGUAUGAAAUAAAAUGUGACAUGAUUU